GUGAGAAGGACCUGGAGACAGAUUGUGGGAAGGAGCACGGGCGGGCGGGAGGCGACGGAGCUACCAGCGGCUCUGCUCUGCUAUAUGAAAUAUGGGAGACGACAGACCGUUUGUGUGCAAUGCCCCGGGCUGUGGACAGAGAUUUACAAAUGAGGACCACCUGGCAGUUCAUAAACACAAGCAUGAGAUGACAUUGAAAUUUGGCCCAGCCAGAACUGACUCAGUCAUCAUUGCAGAUCAAACUCCUACUCCGACUAGAUUCUUGAAGAACUGUGAGGAGGUGGGGCUCUUCAAUGAACUAGCUAGCUCCUUUGAACAUGAAUUCAAGAAAGCUGCAGAUGAGGAAGAGAAAAAGGCUGCUGCUGGGCCCCUUGACAUGUCUUUGCCUUCCACACCAGACAUCAAAAUCAAAGAAGAAGAGCCAGUGGAGGUAGACUCCUCUCCACCUGAUAGCCCUGCCUCUAGCCCCUGUUCCCCACCACUGAAGGAAAAGGAGGUUGCCCCAAAGCCUGUUGUGAUCUCUGCCCCUACACCCACCAUUGUACGUCCUGGCUCCCUGCCUCUCCACUUGGGCUAUGAUCCACUUCAUCCAACCCUUCCCUCCCCAACCUCCGUCAUCACACAGGCUCCACCAUCCAAUAGGCAAAUGGGGUCUCCCACUGGUUCCCUCCCUCUUGUCAUGCAUCUUGCUAAUGGACAGACCAUGCCUGUGCUGCCAGGGCCUCCAGUACAGAUGCCUUCUGUUAUAUCGCUGGCCAGACCUGUGUCCAUGGUGCCCAACAUUCCUGGUAUUCCUGGCCCACCAGUUAACAGUAGUGGCUCCAUUUCUCCCUCUGGCCACCCUAUGCCAUCAGAAGCCAAGAUGAGACUAAAAGCCACCCUAACCCACCAAGUCUCCUCAAUCAAUGGUGGUUGUGGAAUGGUGGUGGGUACUGCUAGCACUAUGGUGACAGCCCGUCCAGAGCAGAGCCAGAUCCUCAUCCAGCAUCCUGAUGCCCCAUCCCCUGCCCAGCCACAGGUCUCACCAGCCCAGCCCACCCCUAGUACUGGGGGUCGUCGGCGGCGCACAGUGGAUGAAGAUCCAGAUGAGCGGCGUCAGCGCUUUCUGGAGCGCAACCGGGCUGCAGCCUCCCGCUGUCGCCAAAAGCGGAAACUCUGGGUGUCCUCCCUAGAGAAGAAGGCAGAGGAACUCACUUCUCAGAACAUUCAGCUGAGUAAUGAAGUCACAUUACUACGCAAUGAAGUGGCUCAGUUGAAACAGCUACUGUUAGCUCAUAAAGACUGCCCAGUCACUGCACUACAGAAAAAGACUCAAGGCUAUUUAGAAAGCCCCAAGGAAAGCUCAGAGCCAACGGGUUCUCCAGCCCCUGUGAUUCAGCACAGCUCAGCAACAGCCCCUAGCAAUGGCCUCAGUGUUCGCUCUGCAGCUGAAGCUGUAGCCACCUCGGUCCUCACUCAGAUGGCCAGCCAAAGGACAGAACUGAGCAUGCCGAUACAGUCGCAUGUGAUCAUGACCCCUCAGUCCCAGUCUGCGGGCAGAUGAUGCCUCCCCUGGUGGAGAGUUCCCCAGCCAGAGCUCGCCCGCCCAAGAGCUAAGAGAGAAGAUGUCAUCUUUUCCCCUUCCAUCUGCCUUGGACGUGGCAAUAUGGGGGGAAAAUUGUGUGUUGUGAGUAAUGGACAGAUGUGGGGCUUUUCUCUUCAGCCACAUGGUCAUGUAUGUUUGACAUCUGAACUGGAGGCCUCCCAGCUCCAGAGCCACAUAGAGCAUCCCCCAAGGGUGGAGUUUCUGAUGUACCCACAGCCAAAGACCUUUCCAGAUGGUCCGAACAAUCACCCCUGCCCCAUGCACAUGUACCUGUCUCUUUUAACACUAACCCUUGUACUUCUAGGUUUGGGAUUUCUCAAUUCCCUUUCUUCCCACUAAGCUAUGGCUAUUACCUUCUUGUUCCUUAUCAGCAUGCCACUUCCUGCUAGAUAGAGGGAGGCUAGAUUUGAUGGCAUAGCACUCACUGACCCAUCCCCAGCCACCCCAUGGACUCAGGACUUUGUCUCCCAAUAGCUGUUUAUUUAUCCCUUUUUCCCUUUCCUAAACUGUAGUUAAAACAUUCACUUAUGGAGAAUGUAAGGUUACCUUUAAGGUAUGAAGUAGCAGUAUUUUCCAGCUCUUCCAUAAGCUUUAUACCUUCUCCCUACCUGCCACCAAAAAAAAAAAAAAAAAAGGAGAGAAACAAACAAAACCCCAAGAGUUCUAGUCCUUUUUCAUGUGUUUCUAGAGCUAUUUGGGUACCUCAUUUUGUCUCUUGACUUGACUUAGUCUCAUGGUGUGGUCUUCUCCACCCACCCCCACCCCCACCCCCACCCCCACCCCCACCCCCACCCACUCAGCCGUGGCAACCUCAUCUUGUGGCCUUAAUAUUGGUGGUACAAAGGGAAAGAGCCCGGGAUCUGACUGCCUGAUGCCCUCUCCUCACUGUCCUUUCCUUCAGUUCUUUUUUUUUUUUUUGACCAGUAAGGGGAUCACAACCCUCGGCAUGGUGUGGUCCACACCACGCUCAGCCACUGAGCACACCGGCCAUCCCUAUAUAGGAUCCGAACCCGCGGCCUCGGCGCUACCAGCGCCGCACUCUCCCGAGUGAGCCACGGGGCCGGCCCUUUCCUUCAGUUCUGAUCAUCAGAUCAGGCAGGAACAAGGUAGUUUAAAGCUCAUUCCCCCGGGUUUCUGGAUUAGUUAAUUCUUUUGUUUUUAUGAGUUUACUGGUCAAACCGUACAUAUUGUCAUCUUUGGUCCUCUUCUUGCUCCUGCCUCUCCCUCUUCAUCCCCUUAAUGAAGACAUUACUGCUUCCAUCUCUCUUCUAGAAAUAGUUCAGGUGCACCCCCCCUGGAGUCUGUCGUGUAGGGGACCCCUGCAUUCUCUUGCUCUUCCCCCAAUCUCGGCCUCACAACCUUCUUAAGUAGGGUUUUGUAUUUGCAAGUGCCCAUCACCCUCUUGACUACCUUCUCUCUCUUUCAUCAGGUUCCUAGCCUGGCCACUAGGUAUCCCUGGUCCUGUAGAGUUUCUUCAACUCGUUUCUGCUCUGUUUCCUAAAUGUAAUGCUUCUCUGUAUUACAAGCUCUAGGACUGUGAAGGAUCAUAGCCAAGUCCUGAGUAGGUUUUCUUUAGUAUAAGAUUGGAUGGAAAGAGGAAGGGGAGAGGGAAGGGACAGUACUAAUCUCAGCAGAGGAGCCCAGGAUCUGGCCUGCAUGGGAAAUUGGUGAUUGUCGCUCUCGGCCAUUCUCACUUUGAAAAGGUGUGUUGCAGGGGGAGAAAUUCAUCCCUCUUCUUCCUCUUUCUUCCCCACUAGAACUUCUUGUCCUCCCUUUGCUCUGAACUAUGCAAUUUCUACCAGGACUGUAGGGAGCAAUCCAAAGCCAGAGUCCUGUGAAUGGAUAGGUCAGCUUUAAUAGCCCUUCAGUAUGAAACCCUUCCAGUUGUCCCAGAGCCACCUUCUGCCAUUUGCCCAAGCUAAGAAUGUCCUUUUCUCCAUCUCUCCUACCUCCAUCUUAAACAUAUAUACAAAAUAACUGCCAGCUUCCUUUCUCAUUUCAUCUUCCAAAAUGCCUGUCAUAGGGGAAUGAGAAAAUGUUCUAAGCUACAAGAUUUCCUUUUCCUCAGAGUGACAUACUGGUGUAUCAGUCGGGUUGGAUGUUCUGCUGCAUUUGUUUUAAGUUUCCCCUCCUGCUUUUCAGAGCUGGUGCUGAACAAGCCACACCUGGUGAAGAUAAAGGAGAGAAAACAAGGUUUUCUCAUCUUCUACCACCAGGGACCCAACAGGAACAGCCCCUGAGGUACUCAGACUAGCAAAUGUCAUGGCAGAUGGUCCGGAUGCAGGUUACCACCUCCAGGGGCUUCACAUGCCUUUAAAAACUCACAGCCAUAACUUGUGCUCAGAAUUUCUCCUUUAGACGGCUGCUCCCUGGGAACUUCUCUUGCUUUAAGAGUUUUCUUUCAUUUUUUAUUGUCUUGAGUUCCCACUAGCAGCCGUGCACUGAAGCUUGACUGAACUUAUGGCUCCUAAGGAGCUUUUCAUAAGACCCUUGACUGUUUUUCUUCCCCCUACAGUCAAAUGUUUUUAAAGUUAAGAGUCAGUUUGUCACUGUGUACAUGCCCUGGCAGUCUGUCCCUGUGUACUGUGUUGGAUGGCUAAUUUAUGUAGAGGGUCUUUUUUAGUUUCUUAGCCCCCAUGUCUAAUUCUCUUGAGUCCCUAUUUCAUUUUCAGUGGGAAGUUAGUUUUGGGGACCUAAAUGAGGGGCGUUGCCAGAACCAUAGUAGUGAAGUGGUACUGAAAUGAGGAAGGGGCAGGACAGAACCCCCAGACAGAUCUUUAAUUGGUCCUCGGUCUCAGUAAGAAGGCAGAGCAAUUGCUUACCCUGAAGCUUCUCUUACAGUCAAGGGGAACAUCACUUACCUUGUUAUUCCUGCCAGCCAUGUGGUCACGUUCCCCUAAUCUUUGCCUUCCAGACUCAUCUGGACCAGAACCAAACAUCAUGGAGGUAGCCCUUCUUAAGGACCAUGGCCUUUCUAGGAACUUAAGGGAGGACACUUUCAGACAGGAGCUGAGAGCGUGGAUGUUUUGGACUCUUCUGAGUGAAUACAGGCCUCAGGUCUCCCACCUCACUCCAAAGACACAGCUACUGCUAUAUACCCAGGACCACCGAGAAAGGGGUCAGAAACAGGUCUUCAGGUCUGCACACUUUUCUGCCCCUUUCCCUUAAAAGAAAGCUUACUUAGAGUUGGAAAGUCUGAGAAAGCCUCCCACACUACUAGGGAGGACUAGAAAGAGUAGUACCUCCUUUACUUAUUCUUUCCGUGUUGGAUGUACACCCCAAAUCUGGGUUCCUUCAACCUCCACUCCUCUCCUCGGCCCUAAGCACUACACCUUAUAUUGUAGGUGGUGGUUAAAGAGGAGUUGGGCUAACUGCAUCUCACCUUGCUGCCUUCCUUUCCUGUCCCUGUUCUAUUGAUCUCAGCUCCUUUCUUGAUUCACGGCCCUCCAGCACCUCCCAUCCUGGUAGAUGGAGUGCUAAACCAUAACCAUGGACAAUCUGCAACCUGAACCACCAGGCAGACACAGAAACAUUCUUCCUCUGAUUUCUGAGGCUACCCUGCCCCACAUUGAGAGGCUCCUUAAAGGUGCUAGUCCCUGAGACAGCUCUCCUCACCAAAAUUUCCCCCUUUCAUAUCUUCCCAUCCCCAAAUCAUUAUUUUCCAUUAAUAUUGUACAUUGUAUACACAGGAAGGAAAUAUGUUAUUUCUUUUUUCUAAGUUCAUAACCAGUCUGUUUAGAUUCUAGUCCUCCUAGCUAUAUCACAUAUGCCUUUGUUGAUAUGCUCUUUCUGCUUUCUUUAGACUUAUGUUUGAUGGGGGUGGGGCAGUUUCAGAGGAACAGGACAGGUGGGGAUCCUAAGGCAGAUUAGAGGAACCCACACCCCACUACAGCCUCCUAUAACCCUAAUCAUCCUUCUUAUAGAACUUAUUUCUCUAUAUUUGUUUACAUACAUGCAUGUGCUUACAGACAUAAAGCUCCACCCUCCCACCCCAGGAUGGCAACCCAGCAGAAAUGAACCUAUGUGGCUGCUGGCCAGCAAUCCCACCCUCUGCACUAAUUGAAUUCUGUCUCUUUGGGGUAAAGGCAGCUUAUGUCCUUUGUAGAUGCAAGUUUGUAUUGUAGCUACUAGAGUUUAUUCUAUUUUUUUAAUGGGGAGCUAGUAGCACAGAUAUCUCUCACUAACAUUAGUUACUGGUGAGUGAUGUUUUAGCUGUGAGAAGUGGCUAUGAGCACUAGUUUCAUUGACUUUACCUUAGGGCAGUGGUUCUCAAAAUAUGGUGCAGGACCAGCAGCAUCAGCAUCACCAUCAUCUGGGAACUUGUUAGAAAUGCACAUUCUUAGGCCCCAUCCCAGACCUAUUGAAUCAGACACUCUAGGGGUGGGUUUUAACAAGCACUCCAAGUGAUUCUAAUGCAUACUAAGGCUUGAGAACAAUUGCCUCGGAGGCAAGAUGGGAAAUUUUUAUGGGGUGUCGAGGAUAUUUUAUAUACUAUCCUCUGCCUUAGCACUAACAUAUUUUUCCAUUUGUUCCAGUCCCUCCCUCCAUUCCCAUUAAAACAACCAGCACCACAUCACUCAUCUCAAAAUCUAGAUUUGUCUUCCUUCUAGUCUUUUCCCGAAAACCUAUCCCUGCAUUGGUCUGGACAGGAGUUGUCCUGUAUUCCCUUACAGACUGGUCACUCCACAUUCUUUGUUACAUUAAGGACCAGCUGGAGCUUUAGCUGUCCCGUUCCUCCCCCCCACACACACACACACCUUUCAGGCAGGGAGGAGAUGAGUCUCCAGCUCCAACAGUGGAGGCAGCCCCGCAUCCUGACACAGCAUCUAUUGAAAAGAAAGCAGUGUGUAUCUAUGAUUAUAUCUCUGUUCAUCUAUAUAUUUUUGACAUGUAGCGACACCUCUCCAUCUCAAGGAAUUUGACUCUGGGUCUGGGUCUCCCCAGUUCCCAAUGGUGGACUUUGACAGGUGGGAGGAUGCAGUGCUACAGGCUACUUUGUUACAAAACUAUUUUCCCUUCCACCCAAUUCAGCAUGAUCCCUGUGAGCAGGUUCUCACAAUCUCCUGGGACAGGGCUGAGGCAGGGGCUUCGCUCUAUUCUCCCUAACCAUCCAUUCUUCCUUCCCCCUUGCCACUUAGCAGUUAUCCAGCCCGCCAUGCCUUCUCCCUCCUUCCCUUGCCCUGGCAUAUAUUGUGCCUUAUUUAUGCUGCAAAUAUAACAUUAAACUAUCAAGAGAACCAC